AUGUUCAGAGAAAAGCAUAAGUGGGAUAACUUCAUUACACAUGGAAGAAUUCAUACAGGAGAGAAACCUUUUGAAUGUCAGGAAUGUGGGAAAUCAUUUUCUCAGUCAGGUACACUCAUUACACAUAGAAGAAUUCAUACAGGAGAGAACCCUUUUGAAUGUACGGAAUGUGGGAAAAGAUUUUCUCACUCAAGUAAGCUCAUUUCUCACAGAAGUAUUCAUACAGGGGAGAAACCUUUUGAAUGUAAGGAAUGUGGGAAAAGAUUUUCCUGCUCAAGUAAACUCAUUGCCCAUGGAAGAAUUCAUACAGGAGAGAAACCUUUUGAAUGUCAGGAAUGUGGGAAAAGAUUUUCUCAGUCAGGUACACUCGUUAAACAUAGAAAAAUUCAUACAGGAGAGAAACCUUUUGUAUGUACGGAAUGCGGGAAAACAUUUUCUCACUCAAGUAAGCUCAUUUCUCACAGGACUGUUCAUACAGGGGAGAAACCUUUUGAAUGUACAGAAUGUGGGAAAAGAUUUUCCUGCUCAAGUAAACUCAUUGCACAUGGAAGAGUUCAUACAGGAGAGAAACCUUUUGAAUGUCAGGAAUGUGGGAAAACAUUUUCUCAGUCAGAUACCCUCAUGCAACAGAGAAGAAUUCACACAGGAGAGAAAACUUUUGAAUGUAAGGAAUGUGGGAAAAUAUUUUCUCAAUCAAAUAACCUCAUUUCUUAUAGAAGAAUUCACACAGGAGAGAAACCUUAUGAAUGUAAGGAAUGUGGAAAAACAUUUUCUCGCUCAUGUACACUCACUUCUCAUAGAAGAAUUCACACAGGAGAGAAACCUUACGAAUGUCAGGAAUGCGGGAAAACAUUUUCACUCUCACGUUACUUCAUGGAAUAUCGUAGAAUUCACACAGGAUAG